GUGAGAGCAACGCCUCUCUCUCCCUCUCUCUCUCUCUCACCUGCAGCAUGGCUCUUCCGGCCGGCCUUGAGGACUCUCUCGCCUCUGCCACACCGUGACUAAUUAACUCUCUAAUCCUUUCCAUCUUCCCUCAACAGCCUGAGAGAUCACAGGGAGGAAGGAAUAGUUUUGCUUGGAGAGGCUGAAGGGAUGUAUUAGCUGACUGCGGUCAGUGUCACAGUGGGCUGCGUCGCCCACCGCUCCACGCUGAAGGACACUCUCCCCGGGUCCCAGACCUCCCCACCAGGCUCAACACUCGCAGUAGAUCCAUGGCGGCUCUCGGGCUGAUCUCACAGCUCUGAGAAUCCUGGGAUCAGCGCGGCGCUGCUCCAGACUUGUGGCGGUGUGUUCGUGUCGGGCGGCUCCGGCGCUCCUUGGUGUCGGUGCUGGGCUAACAUACACCUGAAGGGCAGAGAGUGUGUGUGUGUAGUGUUGAGAGUCGGCAGCGGUGUUCCCCCUCUCCUGCUGGCGCCGCUCAGCAGGUUCCGCGAAGUGGAGCAGCGGGGAGAGUCCCGGCUGGAAUACUGGAGCGGGCGGAAGUGUAAGUGUUUCUUGCCCCGGCCUGUGUCAAGUCCGUCUCGGUGCUUGACAUCAACACUACACAGCACCGUCAGUGUAGUGACCACGGCGCCUGUCGCUCCACUCUCAAGUUUACUCUGACAAUCAUUUUCUAAGGUGCUUAAAACAAAAUUCAUUUGAAAGUAUAAUAGAAAGUAUCUUUGUAGCGUGUAGAGUGAGUUAGUGAGCAAGGUGUCAAGAUGACGCUGCACCCAGCUGUCUUCAACGUCACAGUGCACGACCCGUCACUGUACCACGGGCUGCCAGGGGCCCAGCACCCGUUCUUCCAGCAGCACGGGCCCCACCACGUGUCCGGCGUGCCCAGCCAGUACCUGGACCUGGGGCACGACGACACCCACUUCCAGAAUUUCAUGCACUCCUUACCGUCGGAGCUGCAGGGGCCCGUGGCCUUCAGGAACAGCAGCAGCAGCGGCAGCAGGUUCCCACCUGGAGCUGUGGCCCCACGCCUCGCUCUCCCCACCAUCACCAACACCACCUUCGUCCAACUCCCCGUGCUGUGGACGGCUCUCAGCCUGGCUCUGGGAGUGGAAGUUCAGGGGGAGAUCAUCAGAGGACUGCCUUGUAUAAAGAGACUUAACCAGCUCUUCUGUCGCACACCAGGAAACGUCUACCCCAGAGACAGGAUAGAGAAGUUCAUAGAGGACAACAAGGCUCUGAUGAGGAGAAUGUAUGGCAGCUUCCUGGAGAAUGUGGAGACCCUACAGCAGAGAGCGCAGACAGGCGUGGAGUUCCGGCCGUUCAGUCGCACUGGGCGCUCGGUGGAGGCGUUUGGGGACGAGAUCCCUGAGCUGGACCAGGACGUCCACCACGACUACCACUCUGACGACCCACGAGGACAGUCUUUCUUCAACCUCAUCCGCAACAAGCGUCAGUCCUUCCCCAGCAACGCUAAUGUCAACUCUGACAGGGUGGACUCGUGUGAGAGCGACGUGGACAUCGUGACCCCGUACUGGGCCAGCAACUCCGCCGGCAAGGUCAGAGCCAUCGUCAACACCAAUGAGUUCUCCCAGGCCAUACACCAGGAGAUAUGCGCGAAGACGUCUACCAAGCGGUGUGGUGGAGACUGUGGCUGCGAGCAGAAGUACAAGUGGCAUCGCCUGCUGGCCUACGACCCGGAGAAUGACUGUAACGGCAUCUUCAUGGACUGGUUCCUCUUCCCGUCCUGCUGUUCGUGUCGCUGCAACCCUCUCUAGGCCGGCCCUGGCGCUCUCUCAGCUUCCCACAACUCAAGGGCCACCUGACUUCCUCCCCAGCAGGCCAGGCCCUUCUGCUGCCCCUGAUCCUGCCGGCAGAACACUCUCUGGCUGCUCUACUGCCUUAGCCCACUCUAGGGGAGCCCUCAUACUACAGUGCCUCCGGUUCUCUCUUUCUGUCGGCCGUCUUCACCUGUGUUCCAGUCAUGUGUCAUCGUGUCUGGCUCACCUACGUGCCUCUCUUCCUUCCUCUUCCUUCCUUCCUCCUCCUCCUCCCCUCUGCUGCAGGUGGCCAGGAUUAAGCAACAUUCACAGAACAACGCUGCCAUCAGCGGGCAUCAUCACAUCUCCGGCUCCUGCUCCCCCUAACAUUAUCAAGCAAACUAGCAGCGAUACGUGUGUGUGCUUCCCUGUUUAAGACACCUUCCUGCUGCUUGACUAUAUACACGAGACCCAGCUGGCCAGACCACAGUAAUCACUCUCAUCCUUUACCAAAUUUUCAGGGUCUUAGAUUUUCGUCAAUUAAAUAUUUUCAGGAAUAGCAAGCAUGUAACCUUACUUGUCCUGCCACUGAUGAUAUCAUGGAGGGCGAGGAGUGUUGAUAUCAUUAACUUGUGUCAGUUGUGAUAUGUGGCAACAUUAGUUGUCAACACUACCUGGAACUCUUAGGUGACUAAGUAAUAUGUGUUGUUAUAACCUUGUUUUGUAUGUCAUUAAACUAUUAAAUUAUAAACGUAACCAUACUUAAUGGUUCCUGCUGACUGAUGCAGUGCUCUAGUGUUGCAAACAGUGUUGCAGUGCUGCAGUUUAAAGACAGACGUGGCACUGAGGAACUGGUUGCCGGGUGUGGCAACACUUGGCAACCACGGCUACAGUGGUGCCAGAUGUAAACAACCACAUAAACAGUCCACAAACUAUCAAUAGUUAUCAGUCCUCUUGGUGUAGUAUUUAGAUGUAUAAUAAUAAGCACAAUGGUGUACAUGUUGGAGUAGUAAGGUUCCAUACACAAUGAAGCAGACGAGGAGUGUACAAGAGAAGGGUUUUAACUUGGCGACGUUCGGGGACCAUCUGGUCACCAUUUGGUCCGGAGACAUCUCCCGUCACGCAGGGUGCAGUCGCACCUCCACAGAUCUCCAGUAUCAGCUUUUGAUACUGGUAAUGGCUCAAAAGGGCCACCACUUACGGGCUAUUCAUGCCCGUGCCACCUCUUGGGUGGCUUAAUCUUCAUCAAUCGGCGACGUUCGGAUCCGCCAUCGUCACGGCCAGCCAUUGGGUAAAGAAGUUGUUGAUAUUUAUUCAUCUCUUAAAACGAUGAAGGUACUGCUUGUUGUCUGUAGUACCUGGUCCUCAGGUACCUGGUCCUCGGGUACCUGGUCCUCUGGUACCUGGUCCUCUGGUACCUGGUCCUCUGGUACCUGGUCCUCGGGUACCUGGUCCUCGGGUACCUGGUCCUCUGGUACCUGGUCCUCUGGUACCUGGUCCUCGGGUACCUGGUCCUCGGGUACCUGGUCAUCGGGUACCUGGUCCUCGGGUACCUGGUCCUCAGGUACCUGGUCCUCGGGUACCUGGUCCUCUGGUACCUGGUCCUCUGGUACCUGGUCCUCGGGUACCUGGUCCUCGGGUACCUGGUCCUCUGGUACCUGGUCCUCUGGUACCUGGUCCUCUGGUACCUGGUCCUCGGGUACCUGGUCCUCGGGUACCUGGUCCUCGGGUACCUGGUCCUCGGGUACCUGGUCCUCGGGUACCUGGUCAUCGGGUACCUGGUCCUCGGGUACCUGGUCAUCGGGUACCUGGUCCUCGGGUACCUGGUCCUCGGGUACCUGGUCCUCUGGUACCUGGUCCUCGGGUACCUGGUCCUCUGGUACCUGGUCCUCUGGUACCUGGUCCUCUGGUACCUAGUCCUCGGGUACCUGGUCCUCGGGCACCUGGUCCUCGGGCACCUGGUCCUCUGGUACCUGGUCCUUGGGUACCUGGUCCUCAGGUACCUGGUCCUCAGGUACCUGGUCCUCAGGUACCUGGUCCUCUGGUACCUGGUCCUCUGGUACCUGGUCCUCUGGUACCUGGUCCUCGGGUACCUGGUCCUCGGGUACCUGGACCUCAGGUACCUGGUCCUCGGGUACCUGGUCCUCGGGUACCUGGUCCUCGGGUACCUGGUCCUCGGGUACCUGGUCCUCAUGUACCUGGACCUCAGGUACCUGGUUCACAGGUACCCGGCCUACAUGUAGGCCUACAGGUCCCUGAACACCUGAGUUAGUAAUGUGAAAGAGUAAGGCCUCAUAUGAUCCAUGUUAACUGAUAUUUACGAUCCAAAAUCCCCAACAUUAAGAAAAUAAGUUAUGUAGUGUUACUGUGUAAAUUACUUUAGGACUAUAUGUGUACAUUGUAAAGACAAAUAACCACAUUUUUACCAAUAAGAUUAUAUGUAUAUAACUUAUAAACAUUUGUAAUUUCAGUGAGAGAUAAUUAUCUACUUUUGUCAACAAUAAAGGGCAUUGAAUUUGU